AUGGAAAUUCAACGAGAAGAUCCAACUCGGAUAUCGGUAGACUCUCUACCAGCCUGGCUGCGUAUAAAGGCGAAUUACACCAGAGCCGCAAUCGCAGCCCUCGAUGAAGAGCUGGUGACAAACGGUCAGAUACAGGAACGCGAUGCUCUACUCAAGCACUUGUAUAAUUUUAUAGACAAAACCUUUGAUAUUACGCGACCGAACUUGCGUAUAAAUGGUCGCAAUUUUGAGGAGGUCGACAUCAGCGAACAAGAAGAGGAACCAUUCGACGAAGGUUUCGACAGGCACAUCUGGUCACUUGCAGAGCAGAGCUUAAAAUGGGACCGAGAGAUUGCAACAAAGCGGCGCGAGCAUCCAACCAAAGUUGAGGAGCUCAUGCAAGAACUUUUGGAACGUCAGCGCGAGUUGGAAGACGAACCAUAUGAAGGGUCUUCUACGGAGGGACAAUUGGACCAUGAUGAUGAUGCAGGCUUGAACCACAUGCUCGAGAAUGUGGGCGAAGUUGCUAUAAAGAUUAAUGCUAUACACGCAGAGCUGAAACAGUCGGUUGCUUCGCAGCUCGAACGAUCUCAGAGGGUUCAAGAAGUCGCAGAUGAAAUGAAAGCCCUGAAGCCCUAG